UCACAAAUCCAGCAUUGUCGUCGAAAAAGUUUCCUCCGGUUAGUAGAAAAUCUCUCUCUUUUUCUCUCUCUACCAAAAUCUCUCGGCCUCUCACUUGGGUACUUACAAAAAACCCACGGCGGAGUGGAAAGGAAAGGGACCGCCCAAGCAGUCUGCGGAGUUCCCGGGAAUAGGCGACCGACGGAGCGUGGGACCGAUAACCAGGUUCAACAUUAUUUUUAUUUUUAUUGUUAAAUAAAUAAUUUGUGUAAUUACCAUAUUGUCCUUCAUUAAAUCAGAUUAAUAUGAGCUAUCAAAUUUAAAUGAGGUCACUUAGUCACUCAGGUGCGUCCAACUCCAACCGGCCAACCGUACGGUUCUUGUUCCAAUCUUCUUCCCUGAACUUCAAUGCGGACACUCGGCCCGCAAUUACCCUCCACGGAGCCGAGCCCUCGAGCCGUUCAUCCGAUAGCCCAGUGGAAAGUUGGCUCUUUACUAGACCCUAUUAUACUUAUUUGGGCCUGAAGCUAAACCCUCAAAUCCGGCCCAGUCCAUCAGGGUCAGGAACGUCAAUGGUCUGUUCAUUCCCUGGGAUACGUGUCGGUGUCGGCCCUCCUCAUGCAACCCUAGCUACGACAGAUGGGCCGAAGCCCUAUUUACAUAGGCCAAGGCCCCAAUGCCUUCUUACACAAGUAAACCCAUAUCUCAACAAUAAGACGCCAAGAAUUAGCGUUGAAGCAAGAAAAAUCAAGCAAAAAAUCAGUCUGCAAAUCAUCUUGUGUUUCUUGCACAUUGCAUACUUUACAGGCCGAUAAUAUUUCAUUUUAGGGCAACCAUCUGCUUCCCCAAUUAUUGGGAAGAAGCAUCCAGCAGUAGCAUGAAUUGAAUACUCCACAGCCGGGCAGGGAGGUUCAUCAGUCAUCACUUGGCGCCAUCAUAUCAUAUCAACUACCAACCAACAACACACUUUUGGGGGAACAAAAUCUUGGAGCUCCAAGAUACGACUGUACGUUUUGCUCUAAAUCCAGCUCAAAAUCAAUAAUGACAACUAGUUAUUCAUAAAUUUAUGGUUUUUUCAAAAUCCAGCUUUAACCAAAAUUCUCAAUUCCCUAAUCCACGAAGCAAAUGACCUUGUAUUCAUUUUCUAAGUGUGGACCAUAACCUAGCUUUGUCAAUGAUCGAGCCUAUAUUGGUUAUUUCCACCCAUUUUUCGAAGCACAUUUUUUAUUAGAUGGUUUCCCACGUUUUGCAAUUGUCUUACUUGUGCAAGUGCAGCCUAGUCUAUGAGCGGAUCAAGUCAGUAACACGCUUGGUUACUGAUCAUGCAUAAACAAAAUUCAAUCAAAAUAAACAGAGUAUAUAUCUUUCCUUUUAAUCAAAAAUUCUUUUUUUCUUUUUUCGCAUAGAAAAAUCAAAUUAUUUGUGAUUCUCAAAAUGACAUUCAUUUUAAUAUAAUUUGGAACAACAAAAAUUGAGGCAUAUACUAUCAUGCAAUACCAUGAUAGUUUUGCUUCGUAGUACAUAAAAUUAUACCAUAAGUAAUUAUAAAAAACUAAGUCUAAAUAUCUCGGCCAAGAGGCGGGUCCAUGCCAGUGAAUCAUUUAAGACUACUUGUCAAGUUUCAAUCACUAAUCAAGUAUCCCCAGCUAGCUAAACUUGAUUUUGUGUCCCGUGAUGAAUUGCCUAGCUGAUGAUCAUCCAUCCCACCUUGACGAAAUCUCGGAUUUUGGGUUAUAACUUAGCUUUUUGAGUAACCUAAUCAUAUGGCCUACAAAUGAUGAUAACACUUUGUGUGCGAACCGGAACAAACUGGACCGACCCAAAUCGAACCAAGCUGGAUUUGGUUUGAUUUUCAUGAUUCGGUCUUAAAAAACAAAGAAACAAAAAUGAACACCUGAAUCGAAAACCUUGCCAUACUAAACAUGACAGGAUGUGUUUCUGGUUUGGAUUCGUGCUCUCAUAUUCUACCUCCUCCUUUUUUGUACCACGAUGUACAGUGCGAUUUGAUCUCAUUCCAGACCAUAUAGACUAGAUCAUAGUGGUGGAGUUAGGUUGAAACUAGAUUGGGUCAUAGCCACUCUCAGUUUUGAAAUAUAGGUAAAAAUCUAUGUAAAUUUUGUAUAAAUUUAAAAAAUUAGAAUAGUCGAUAAGUCUUUAACUUCUCUCUCUCAAUUACAACAAUUCAAUUCAACUCGUUUGUUCGAAUUUUUGGCUCUGCCACUACUCAAUCAUAUGUUCACCCGAACUAAGCCAAAGAUGAUUAGAGAAGUUUAUAUUUGUCGGUUAGGGCUGCAAACAAGUCAAGCCGCUCGCCAUCAACUCGGCGUUCGAAUAAAAAAAACUUGUUUGACACUCAACUCGUUAAUUAACAAGCCGACUCGCUAGUAAACGAGCCAAACUUGAGGUAGACCAUGCUCAGCUUGAUAAGCUCGUGAGCUAGCUUGAUUCGGUGACUUGUUGAGCUAAGCUUGCGAGCUAGCUUGUUUAGAGGUCGUGGAAAGAUAAAUUACUCUUUUCAACAUGAACAUUAUCUUGUUAAUAUGGAUGUGUGUGGAAGUUAGCUGUUAUUUUUAGUAUCUAGUGUUCUUUUUAUCCUUUAAAUUAUUAUGUUUACACAUUUUCAGCAAGAAUGAUUUCAAAUAGAGCUCAUCUUGAGUCGAGCUUGUACUCAACUUGACAAGCCGUGUUAACGAGCAUUUACCGUGCUCUACCUAAUUGAGCUCGAGCUAGAUCAUUUAUAUUCAAGCCGAGCACGAGUCUGUCAAACUCGAGCUGAAAAUUUUAUAAACGACCCGAACUCAAACUACGCAAAAACUUUACUCUACUCGUUUACAACCGUACUGUCGGUACAUGCAUGGAAUCCCCUCACGGCCAAACUGUAUGGAGAGGGACAAAUGGUGAAAGCGAAGGGGAACAGGAGGAACAGGUGUUGCGGGGUAGCAUUAAGUUUAGGUAGAAUGAUUUGAAGCAGGGUCCAAUUAUGCUAGGUGGAGCUCCCUAAAUCAGUCAUAUUUUAAUGUUCUUUGAACUUGCCUAUUUCAUCAGUUAGUUCACAAGGACAAGCUUUGAUUUAAAUGCAAUUUUGGGUCUACUCUCCACCCAACCACCUCCCUGCCCUACAUAUAAUCUAUCUUAAUUAGCUUGGGUAUUGAGACAAUUUACAGACCAGAACGAUGGAUUUUCUGGCCAGAUGUGUUUGGUACAGAAGAGUUUUUGAUUCUUUUUGAAUUUCCUAACUUAUAUUAGAUAAGCAGUUGAGUUCCCAAACUUGGGAAUUCCUAUGUUCUUUUUGUAUACAACAAUAUCAACUUUUAUUCCACCAGGAGAAUAGAGGAAACCAGGUUACGAUCAAAGGAAAUCAGAACUUAGAUCAAGAAUAUCUAUAUAAUCAUCUGGUAGAGGAGCGACACAAUCAGCUCUAACAUUAAACUUACUCGAUGCAGCCUUGACUUUAAUUUGAGGGUUCCUUUGGAGAACUGAUACCAUUGAGCCAAUCUAUGCCGCACCUUGCCAGGGCCAACCCGAGGAGUCUUGACUCUUGAGAUAAUGCUUUAACCAACACUUGGCAAUCUGAUUGAACCACGCAUUAAGAGCCAUAUUGUGGGUGCUGAUUUGAAACCUUCCAAAAAAGCUUUUGUUUUUGCUUUAAUCGAGGUAGAACAAAGUAGAAUAGUAGCUCGCCCAUCACACACUUGUCCAUGGUGGUUAACAACCACAAUACCAUAUAAGCCGUCGACUGGGAGUCACUAACGAACCACCCAUCACAAUGAAUCACCAUUGAGUGAUUACUAGGCGGUGGAUUUGUAUGAGGGUGGGUUCCCCUUCCCCUAAGUUGAGUAGGAGGGAGGAGUAGGGGGACCCUCAAGCAAGACGUAUAUUCAAUGAAGUCCUUAUAAGUUUUCAUACACGCAUUCGGGGCCCAGUGAAUUCUAUGUUUGAAAGUGAACUCAUUCCUGGCCUUCCAGACAUUCUAGCAAAGGAUGACGAUGUGGAUCAGGGUUCUCGGGUGGAGGAGAGACUCCUUCGGGUACUAGCAAAUCGAACAUGUCGAGUUUGGGGCACACUUUGAGUCGAUGCUCUUAUAUAUCUCACAAAUUGAUGUUGCACAUCCCUCAUCAAUUUGGGGAAGGUGUUAGAAGACAUGAUUAAUGUAUUUAGGACUCUUAUAUCAAAGUCCAUCUGUAAUGUAACGGGUAACAGAUUGCGCUUAUAUGUGCGCAUGAACUAUAAGUCUCAAACAUAAGAGAAUAAUAAGAAUUCGUGACAUUCGUCCGUGAACUAGUCUCGUUCAUACUAAAUGAGAAAAUCAUGUAAAUCUGUGUCGAUCUCGAUUUCGUAUUAUCUGACACAAAUUCUCUUCCUCCAAAUGUAGCUCUCCAAAGUCUAUGGCUUGGAGAAGAAAAGGAUUUGAACUUGAAAGUUCAUCUCUUGGUUUGGAAAUACUCACGAAUUUGAAUAUGCUAUCAUGAAAGUAAAACUAACUUGAUGCUUAGCUAGUAAGCAUGCAUUGCUCACUCUUGAUUGUUGCCCAAAUUAUUGCGUUCCACCCAAACUUCAAAUUCAAAAAAAAAAAACCUCGUAUAUGGGUCACUAAUCAAACUAAUCCUUGCAGUUUAAUUACAUCCUUAAUUUCCCAUCAUUAAAGCGCGUGCGAUCCCAACAUUCCCCACGGCGCGUCUACCUUAGACCUUUCACCUCCCUUCACAAAACCCAUUGCGUCAUCCAAUGCCUCAAAUCUCCUCCCUCUCUCUUAGCUCCCCCACUUACAAAAGAAGCCAUUCCACUACUUCACUUCUUCUCCUCCAUCUUCUUCCCCUGCUCCCUCACUCUGUUUUCUUCUUCAUCUUCUCACUUGGACCUCUUUCGCCAAUUGAAUUCGCAAAAUCCAAAACCCUUUCGGUAUCUACAGAAGCAAACUAUGAGUUAUGGGCUUUCUCCGGCGAAUAUUCGGUCUCAAGAAACAGAGCAGCUCUUCCUCCAAGGACAAGAACCGGCGGUGGAGCUUCGGUAGAUCCCCUCGCCCACUCCCGCCGUCCGCCAAGAACAACAACGACUCUCAGUACGGCGACGGAUUGGACGCGAAUAAGCAUGCCAUCGCCGUGGCCGCGGCCACUGCCGCGGUGGCAGAGGCUGCUCUGGCUGCGGCUCAGGCUGCUGCAGAGGUUGUCAGGCUGACAAGUGGCAGCAACGGAGGAGGAGGGAGAAGUGUGUCCUCUCCGCAGGUGGCGGGGAGCCACCGCCGGUACGCGGAGGCGGUUGCUGCGGUUAGGAUUCAGUCCGCAUUUCGUGGGUAUCUGGCAAGGAGGGCUCUAAGAGCAUUGAAAUCCCUGGUCAAACUGCAGGCAUUGGUGAGAGGCCACAUUGUGAGGAAGCAAACAGCUGAUAUGCUCAGGCGAAUGCAGACUCUGGUGAGAGUCCAGACCAGAGCUCGAGCUAAUCGAACGCUCCCCUUCGAACAACCGUUCCAUUCGUCCACCAAGUUCGCCCAUUUGGGCAGCUACACCGCAGCUGGAAGCCCUCAGAAGGACCACUUGCAUCAACCUUACAGUAGUAGUAGUAGUACUAAAGUUGAUGGCCCCUCGGUUCUCAAGAGAUGCAGUUCGAAUUCAAACAUUAGGGACGCUGCUGAUCUCGAGAAGGGCAGAAAGCUCGGUUCUUCGAAUUCGAAUUGGUUAGAGCGGUGGAUGGAAGAGAGUCUAUUGAACAGCAACAACAACCACCAAGUUCGCUCUCCCAUGAAGAAUCGACCUUCUGACGAUGACAAGAUGGACAAGAUACUAGAAGUGGAUACAUGGAAGCCGCAUAACAUGAAAUCCCACAAGAUGACACACAGACCCUUUGAUUCCCCAACCAAGUCGUCGACAACAAGACCAAUGAACUGGCCUUCCAACUCUGCAAGAGUACUACUCUCGUCGAAAGAUGAAGCAGUUCUGAUGGCUAAUGAGAACAACAGCCCAUAUGCAUCGUCUAGGCCUGGAAGCAGUGGCCGAAAGGGUGGUCCAUUCACCCCCACGAGGAGUGAAUCCGCGUGGGGAUACUUCAACGGGUACACGAGCUACCCUAACUACAUGGCCAACACUGAAUCGUCUAUAGCGAGGUUGAGAUCACAGAGCGCCCCGAGGCAGAGGGAAGUGGAGUUCGACAGACAAGGUUGGAGCAAAAAGUCGUUGAAGGAUGGUGUGUAUGAUUGUGGUGGAGAUACUGUCUCAGAAUGUGGGUUUGGUCAGCAUCAGCAGCAGCAUAUGGAGUAUAGGAACAAGGGUCAUCAUCUUCUGGGUCCUGGUAGACUCAGUAGAAUAGGAAGUACCCAUUUAAGAUCAUAAUUCAUAAUUACAUGGUGUUAAUUUGCAGAUUUUUGUUUGUUUGUUUGUUUAGUCCUGUGAGAGUGCAGUGUGGCAACAUUGCCAUUUUGUUUGUAAAUUUGUUGACCUUGAUCUCACCUAAUAUGUGUCCUCGGGAGAGUUUGUAACCUUUGUCCAUUUUUUUUUUUUAACAGUCUUGUUGUGGAGUUCAGAAAAUCUGUGAAUGUCACCUUUGCUGAUGUCCAUAGUGUUCCAAGAUAAAAGUGUAUUGUUUCU